CGACCAGUGCUGGGGGGAUUCGGUUCUCAAGAUUUCAUAGAGGUUCAGGGGCGACUGCAAGACUCCCUGCAAACAACUACAGGAAUAAUUCAUCAUGCAAUCGAGUUAUGAGCAGCGAAACUUUCGGCCAACGGGCCUCGGUGAACGUGCCCGGCUGGUGUGGCUGUGGGUGGCGGGCUGCUCCGUCCACAACAUUGCCGUUAUUACGGGCACCAGUGUCACCACAGUAUAUAGGUGGAUUCGGCGGUGGCAGCGGGAGGGUCACGUCAACAGCAGGCCGAGAAGUGGGCGGCGGAGGUUGGGGAAGAGCAGGAGUAAUGCCACAACACAGAUGAAACAGAUGUUUUCCACACAGUCUUCGUGGCUCAAGCCGGCCACCACGCACAGCACUCCUCCUCAACGUGACCCGUGUGAUUUCCACGUGCAACAAACAGCAGGGUGGUCUGUCAAGCCACUCACUGGACGGAGGACAAGCUGGCGGGAGGAACACAGGAUAGAUGGAAUGCCAAGCUUCGACUUUCUUGAGCCCAUAGAGUCGUCACGCUCACAACCUCCACACGACCUUCACCAACACCAGCUGUUGACUGGUUCAGGCGACGCCUCCAGCUUAACACGACCGUGGCGCUGAAUGAAACUUUUUCUGCGCUAAAAUA